AUGGUCCCGGCGACCGUGGACCGACUGCGCCAGAGGAAUCUGACGUGCUCGAGGAGCACACAACAGCAUGAUUGCUGCAUUCCGGCGUUACUCAAUGAGCUGGGAAACUACCGGGCCGACUUCACCAGACCACUACAGGUCCUCUGCCACCGUCUGCGCUGGAACUUUGCCUUGCUACGUCGGAUCGCGAUCGAGUGGCAGGCUCGCAACAGCAGCGAAGAGACGCUGUUCGGAUCGGACUUGACGGUCGUCGUCACCGAGAGCCUGUGGCGAGACGAGACCGGUCGGCGGGAUGAGUGGGAUCGAUGCAUCCAGGGAGACUAUGAGGAAGCUCUUGCGAAGUUCCUCCAGGACAUUCGCGAUUGUCUUCCGCCUACCACGAUGGGCGGCAGAGGAGACACCGGCCACAUCUCCCCUACCACUGCUUUUGUCCAAGAUAAGGCUCAAAAGUUCACUGUGCAGGUCAAAAGUAUCGGCGUCGAGUGA